AUGAUAGCAAAAAUUCCUCCCGGUGGUUACAAUGAUCAAUAUAGUAAGGUCUCUAUAGAAUGGUUAGAAUGGGUGGCACAUACUAAACAUAUCAAAAUUCAACAUGCAUUAAAUAUUGGCGAAAAAUCUGUACCAGGUACACGAUAUAAAUUAGAUGGGUAUUGUGAAGAAACAAACACAGCGUAUGAGUUCAACGGAUGCUACUGGCAUGGAUGCCGAGAUUGUUUCACUGAUAAUCGCGAAAAUAUGUGUCAUCCACUCACCAAUCAAUCUUUAGACGAACAAUUAGCAUUGACAUUAAAAAAGAAAGCUUACAUAAAACAAUUAGGAAUGAAAUAUGUUUGUAUUUGGGACCACGAAUUCAGAAAACAAAAGAAUCAAAAUUCUGAGAUGAAGCGUUUCAUUGAUAAUUUAGAUUUAACAGACAGAUUAGACCCUAGGGAAAGUUUCUUUGGGGGACGCACCAAUGCCAGUAAACUCUACUACCAAGUUGAUGAAAGCGAGCAAGUCAAAUAUGUGGAUUUCACUAGUUUGUAUCCUUGGGUCAACAAGUAUUGCCAGUAUCCUGUAGGUCACCCCGUCAUAAUAACGAAAGAUUUUAAUGACUUAAAGGAGUACUUUGGUAUUUCCAAAGUAAAAAUAGUACCACCAAGAGGUCUAUACCAUCCCGUCCUUCCUUAUAGGUCAAAUGGCAAGCUGAAAUUCCCUUUAUGUAGGACCUGUGCAGAUAAUGAAAACCAAACCCCCUGUGAUUGCCCGGAUGAUGAUAGAGCGUUAACUGGCACGUGGUGUACUCCAGAGAUCCAGACCGCUUUAAGAUUGGGUUAUACCAUUAUGAAAAUAUAUGAAGCAUACCACUGGGAGGAAACCACUCAAUAUGACCCUAAAACCAGUGAAGGGGGACUGUUUGCCAAUUACAUAAACACAUUUUUAAAGUUUAAGCAAGAGGCAAGCGGCUCCCCUGACUGGAUGCAAAAUGAACAAGACAUGAAGAAUUACAUAACUCAAUAUAUGGAGAAAGAGGGUGUUUCAUUGGAUCGGUCAAACAUUAGGAAGAAUCAGGGUUUGAGAGCGCUGGCUAAACUAUGUCUCAAUAGCUUUUGGGGUAAGUUUGGUCAACGUCUCAGUAUGCGUCAGACAGAGUUCUUCCACGAAACGCAGGCAAACCUUUUCUUCCAACUGUUUUCUGAUCCUAAAAACAACCACUCAAUUUUCAUAUCCUUUCCAAUGACAUGUUACAAGUAG